UGUUUAUUUUUUGCAGCGUUACUUUUGCACAACUAUUUGCUCUAUUUAUACUUCGUUCUGUCAGAAUUGGCAUUCUGCUGGGCAGUGUGGGCAAUGGCUACCCAGGAUCAUCCAGGCUUCCAAUCCAGUGACUUUAGAGAAAUGCCAUCUCAGUCAAAUGUCUUUUACGGAGACUCGCAGAUAAAAAAGGACAGUGAACUCCAACUUACAGACCAGCAAGCCCAAGAGCUUAUCAGAAAAGCAGAAAUAUCAUCCUCCAGCAUUCAACAGCAAGUUCUCAGUUCUACAACAGACGCAGAUCUUGUACCUGUAACUGCAUCGUCCCCUUCUGACAAGACAUCUGAAAUGGUUGCAGAUCUAAACUCUUCCAGUGACGCUGAUGAUGAUGGUCGGCGUCUUAGCCAGUCUGAUCGUCAGCAUAUCUGUAUGACAUGCUACAAGACGUUCAGAAACAAACCACAGCUUUCACAACAUGAACUUGUCCAUAACAAUGUAAGGAAACAUGUCUGCUCCUACUGUGAUAAAGGUUUCAAGCAGAUCUGUCAUCUGAAUCAGCAUAUGAGAGUGCAUACAGGAGAGCGCCCAUACAAGUGUGAUGUUGAAGGCUGUGAUCGUUCAUUUGCCCAGCUGUCGAACCUGAACCACCACAAGAAAAACCAUGAAGAGCAUGUUAAAAGGGACAUCUCGCGGCAUUUCCGAUGUGAGGUGUGCGACAGAAGCUAUGCCACAAAACAGAGUCUCAACACUCAUAUACAAAAGCUACACACAAACCUGAAAGCCCCAGAGGGAUCAGUGACAAGUCCUAUUGUUACCCCAUCUUCAGCCAAGAGAAAAAGGUGUAACAGAAAGGAUGAACCAAGAGAUACUGGACAGUUAGCAGAUGUUUCAAGCUUUCUAAUGGAUUGUGAAGACAUUGACAAUGAGGAAGAAGAUAUUGAUGACGACCUUCCAACACAGGUCAAGGUCAAGCCGAGAUUCAGCGCUAAAACCAGCCUGACGGUUAGGAUAGGAACACCACCUGGAGACAGAGAAAGGAGUCAAGGACCUAGGACAACUCUGCCCCUUCCCUUUUCAUUGAAUCAAGGUUCGCCUUCUUCUGACAAUAGAGGCCCUAAAGGUCAAGAUAGCUUCAUUUCUACUCUUUCAGAUCCUGCUGGUCAAGGUCACGCUAACAUUUCAAGUUUUUCACACUCAACUUUAAUAACAGGGCAUCAGCAAGAAACACUUCAUUUACCCCAUCAAACAAAUGUUUCCUUGCCAUCAGAUUUAGAUAAAGAGUCAGUACUUAGAUCUAUAUCACAUAGAGAAUAUGUAACACCUGAUUCUGAUAUAAGAAUUUCCUUAGAGAAAGAAAGAGAGGUUUGCCAAAGUAUAAGUCUGGAAAAUUCACUUUCAGAUAAGAUUUUUUUAUCAGAACAAAUUUUACAAAUGGUACAAGAAAGACACAGAGAGGAAUUGGUCCAAGAUAGACUUAGAGAAAGGUUUUUAAGCAGAUCUGAUGAGCAUUUUCUCCCUGUAGAACAAACACAACAAAGGUCAUCUGAUAGAGAAUACGUUCACAGUCAAAUUAAUACUAGAUCUGAACCAAGUUUCUUUCCACAAGAUCAAAGCAGGCCUAAAAGCAUAUACACACCACCAAUUCAAAAUCUUCCAAGCCCUCACUCCAGUAGUGACCCAGUCUAUCAUCCCCAGAUUUUACAACCAAACCCGCUUUCAAUGGCAGAUUCACCAACACAGAGGCCUCACACAUCUACAUCCUGCCAGGCUGAUACACCCACCCAUAUCACCCAUCAUUUUCCCAAGCAGUCAACUCCUCAACAACAGCAGCAGCAGCAGCAACAACAACAGCAGAGAUCAGAAUCCCAUGUCAUCUUUAACCCAGCAUUUUCAUCAAUCCCUCAUGUUCACAAAACUAAUUAUCAACACUACUAACAUUCAUUCAAAUCUUCCUAGUCACUGCAUGUUGUUUGUUGUUCUACUAUUAGUCAAUUUUAGAUUUGAUUCAGUUAAGUUUAUGAAUACAAAUCUAAUGGUUUUCAUCAUUGUUUAUGGCAAUAGAUCCUAAAUGACUUCUGUUGUGUACAUUCAGUUUGGUGCUUGAUUACUUUAGAGUACAUAAGUGAAUGUUUGCAAAUAUGAAUACUGAUUUUAGUAUUCUUGAAAAAAAUUAUCCUAUAAAAAACUUGAAAAUGGCAUUUUAAAAAGUUAUCAAUAACUAUAAUACAGAUAGUAUGAGAUACUUAUCACUAUAUGUAUUUUAGUUAUGUUUAAAAUAUGCGAAGAAAGUGCUAAAAUGAGUGCUACAAUAGAUGUUUGUAUAUAAAAUAUGCAUGCAUGAACUCUUUGGAGUGCCAUAAGUUAAAUUUAUAGACUUGAAUAAAAGCCAUUUUUCUUUGUAUGUAAGAUAAUGAUUUCUGGUCAUUUGAAUUCGCCAAGCAUGUACUUGUAGAAAAGAUGUUUUUACUUAAUGUAAUGUUUGUGUGUAUAAUUUAGUGGUACAAGUAUGGUCAUUUAUUGUCAAGUAUGGCCAAGUGUUGUUGAAAAUCUAUCGUUUCAAUUAAAUUCGUCGAUAAUCGAUUUAUAAUCUCGUAUUUAUAUAUGAAGCUCAUUUUUUAUUUUUUAAAGUAUGAACCAUUUUGUAUUCAAGUUAAGAUCCCCAGAUUUUCAUUGAAAAAAAUACUCCAAGCCCACGAAAUACAGCAAAAGAGUGUGCUUUCAUAUUCAUCCAUUGUUAAUUUCAAUUAAGAACUUAAAAUGAAGGUUGUUAUUCUUUUUCUUACCACUUUUUAUUCUUUAAGUCCACUUAAGUUUAAACAGUUUUAUGAACUUGUUUACGUAGUUCGAUGGCAUAAUCGAUGAUUGAUCGAAGUGGUUUAAUAUAGAAUGUUUAUUGUAAUUUGGCCCUCUUAAUUUUGCAAUUAAUAAACUUAAAAUUUAUACGCAGUAAUAACAUCAGAAUGCAUUAGAUUAGUUUUAGUGUUUUUAAAUGGUGUAUAUAGUAUGCUUUAUAUACAAUUUUUUUUUACUUCAACUAAUAUUUGCAUACACUGCACGUGCAUGUUUUGUAAUGUAUUUUAAAAUGAGUUAUGCUUACAAGCUUCGAGAAUGACACCUUCAUUUCAGAGGAAACUAAAUACAGGUGUCCAUCAUUAUCAUUUUCAUGUUGUAUUUAUUCCACGCCUUACUUUGCAAUAAUUCCUCAUUGCUUUUAUUGUAUUUUACUGUAAAAUAAGUUUUAUCGCCUAGACAUUUAUACAAAACUCACUCAACUACGAAAUAAAGUAAACAAUAUCGAUUUUUACUGGGUGUUUUAAAGGGGUAUUGUUACAUGUUACGAUUGAAAUAGUUCAAUGUGGUGGUUAUUAUAAAUGUAAUGAAUAUAAAGUCGUUAUCACGGAUCAAUAAUUUGGAAUAAUUAUCCGCAGUUUUUUGUUGUUGUUUUUUCAGACUAAGUUUAAUUGGAUAAGUGCAACGGUUUCUGGUUAAACAAAAUACUUCUCUUUAUCGUGCUAGUCUGCAAAUAAUGUUAAUAGUUUCCACAAGUUUUGCCAUAAGAACAAAGAAGACGUUAAAAGCAUAUACAAUGUACUACGACCCAUUCAAAUCCAGUAGUGACCAAGUUUAUCAUCUCCAGAGCUCGGGUCUUUUGAACACGUCAUAAUCAUUUACCUUACUUUAUAAAUAUUUUACCCUGUUUAUAUAUUAUUAUUUUUUAUUAAAGAGGAGCUUAUGUUUAUUUAUUCAAGAACCAUAAAAUUAUAAUUUCACAGUUAUUGGUUAUUUCCAGCUAAAAACAUGGCAAAGUAACUAUUAAGUUUUUGAGCCAAUCUGAUAAGAGAAUUGUAUUUUUACUUUUUGCGUUUUGAUUAUCAUUUCUACAAGAGUACUUUAGGUUUCGAAACUUCUCCUUGUAUUGGACAAACAAUCACCUUAAUAAUGUUUUCCCGGAAAAGAAUGUGUUUUUUUUUCCAGUAUAACAAAGUAGAAUAUGCUGCAAACAAUGCAUAUGGAUGGAUACUCAUAGCCCUCAUAGAAAAAGUAUUCCCAUUAUAAAUUUGAUUGGAGCUAUACAAACGUAUACUUUCCUUUGUCCUUGAGUGUACUACAAGAUGUGUAGUAUUUCUUUUUUUAAAACAUCAAUUUUGAUUUAUUAACACCUCUUUGCUGGCAUUCUUUAAAAAAAUGAAGAGCUUUAAUUUAAUAUUUCAAUCACCAGGGUUUGGUGUACAUGUGGUAAUUGCUUUGUAUCUUGACAAAUGAAUGAUAUUUGAAAGAUUUUUCGUGUAACAUUAAUUGUAUUAUAAAACGGAGAUUAAAAGGCAUUUUUACCUGCAUUAAGUUACGUUGGUACAUUAAGAAGUGCGCAAAAUAAUGUCAACAUAUAUACCUACACUGUUUAUUGCAUGGUAAGGUUGCAUGUGACACUGUGGUAUAAAACUCUUGCUACACUUACUACCCUAGUGAUUGAGAGUACUAAUAACUCGCCCUUUGCGCUUGAUGUACAUAGUUUCCAUAAUUUUCGAAAAAAAGUUGUUAAAGUAAUUAUUACACACUUUAUCAAGAAUAACAAUUCAAGCCACCUAACAAUAUUUAUGUCUUUUAUUUUCAUUUUAUUUUUAUAUUUUUCAUACUUUCGUUUUUGCAUUUUCAGGCAUUCGCAGUUGAUGCACUAUUCCGGCUUUUAUCUGCACCCCUGUACUGCUUUAUUCAUUCUUGCAUGGACAUUUGGCAAUACCGGCAUCGUGAUCAGCUCACCAAUGUUGUAUUUUAUGUGUUUGCUUGUGCUGUCGCUGUUGUUUAUUUGAUUAACCCUCUUCCUUACGUUUUGUGGCAUUAGGCGUUUCUUGCUUUAGUUAUAUACUUUUUUAAUUCUGUAGCUGGUACAAAGCAACUUUUCUGAUAUCUUGUAGACAUUUAUAACUGAUGGGCAGUAUUGUGACAGCGCUAGUCAAAUAUUGAAUGCGAAAAAACAUCCUCAGAAUGACAUUAAGCCUAUUUGUUGCAAUCAAACACAGUGAAAAUACAGGGACACACAUUACAAAGCCUCUGGCUAAGAUGCACUACAAAGACUGAGAAAUAAAUCAGUUAUGGGACCCACUUAUGAUAGAUUUCCACAUAGCAUGAAUAGUUUUGACCAAUGAAAAUAAACAUAUGUAUGUAUAUUUUGACAAGUAGGUUGUCAGCUUGAAAAUAAUGUUAAGGUUUUGAACAUGGAUAAGCAGCGUUGAAUCACGUCCAAGUUGUUAGGACAGUCUGAAAAUUCCUGAUGGUGUCCAUAGAGACAAGCCUGUCUGAAGUGUUCAUAAAACAGUCGGUUUUAACGACUUUUAAAAAAAUGAGAGUGAUACUUCUUGCCCUGGCGUCAGCCUUACACCCUGGUUUAGGUUUUGCAUGUAAGCACUUUUAAAUCGAUUUCUCAGCAAAUACACAACAUAUUGCAUUUAAACUGUUCCCAUCCAUGGCCCUUUAUUAUUCGACUUAUAAAUUCUGGUUAAGGCUUUGCUUGUUAGCGUGCAUACGUCAAUAUCUCAGCACCUACCUACUUAAAGUUUUGCUUUGAAACUCGAUACAAGGCAGGCCUUUUUCUAUAGUACCGUUCAACAUCCUAUUAAUUGAUUAUGUGAUUUUAAGUUUUAGGGAAAAUUGAGUUCAGAAAUCUUUUGAUUUUUAUUACAUUCAGAGAUCAGUAUGAAAUAUUAGCUGUCAUGAUUUUUUUUGCAAUAAAUAUUUACACUCCAAUGGUUGAUAUUUCAGCCAUUUUAGGUCUUGAAAGGGAAAAGAAACUUAUAUUUAAUAAUUUACUCAUUCGUAGGAGACUGAAAAGCAUUUAAGGCAUACUCACGACGCAAAUUUUCCCAAAAUUUCUGAGGUCUUUUUCCCAAAAUGGGCAUAAAAAGCCCAGCAAGGAAUCCAAACUACCUAACCUACUUAUUAUAAGUAAUCGAGGAAGAGUAUCUGACAUAAACUGCAAAUUUAUUAUUCGACUUGAACAACGGAAUAAGGUGGUGCAUGAAAGCACACAAGUCAACAUCUCAGCAACUUGUAUGGCAAGGAUACUUUAUUCAAUUGUUUUCAUCCAUCCUUAAGGUAUGCAAUUCUAUUUUUCUUAUAAAGAAAAGUAUGACCCUUUGAAUGGAUAAGUCAAAGUCUCCGCAACUUCUCAAUGUUUUGUUACGAUACAGGGUCUCACAACCAUCCAAUCUACCUAUUAACUAAUCCAGUCAUAUACUUAUCUUGUAUGAAUUGCAUAUGAUGACCUUUUAUUCUUCAACGUAGACAUUCUGAAUAAAAACGGUGAAAUAGUUAAGCUCGCUGUCUCUGUUUCAAUAUAAAACCGUUUUCUUUUUUGCAAUGCUUUUUUUCGAGAAUAGGUAUCUUUGAUGAUAAUGGUUCAAUAGUAUAUUAUUUUAUUAAUAUAAAAGAAAAACGUUCAGUUAAAACAUCAAUUCUAUCAGUAUUAUCUUUGUUAGCCAAUGUCUUGGCUAACUCAUGUGGAUAUCAUAAAAUGUAUUAUAUUAAGUUACAAGUAGGUGUUUCCAUCCCUGUAAGUGUCUCUUUAUUUGCAUAGAAUUAUUAAUCUGUAUUUCCAAACAUUUUAUCUCUAAACAGUAUUCUUAAUUGGAUGAGGAUUUUCCAAAUAAGAAAAGUUAGUCUCGCUGCUAUUACAUGAUAGUAAUAUACAUGAUGUCUCGUGUUUUUUAUAGCUUGUCUGUACAUGUUUUUAUAUUUUAAGAAUGUUUUCAAUGUUAUAACAUGGUAUACCUACGAUGCUUUCAUAUUUCAUACAUACAAUUUUAUACAAGUCACGUCCUUUACCUACAUAUGUGUUUCAAUAUCAAAAUUUACAUGAUUUUUUUAAUAUGUCUUUAUAGCUCUAUAUUUUGUAAUAUGUUUUGAUCGUUUCACUUGAUCAGUUUGACCAUAAAUCAUAUAAGUGUAAUUUUGAGAAAUGGCAACAUAUUUUACCAAGUCAAAUGCAUUUAAACAUGUCGUUGUUGUAUUAUCUCCGUUUUCCCAUUUUAUGCUUGUAACCUGCGGCAUUUUAAGCUCGUGUAUUGUUGUGUUCUUCAAAAAAGUCAAGGUAUUAUGGUAGCCUUGGUGCUUUUGUCGUUCAAAAACUUCUUGUACAUAAAUCAAAAACUGUUCAAUAAAUACUUUCCAAAUCAUUUAUACAUUUCUUUCUUUACAGCUAUACCCCUAGUUAUGAUUUAUAGUUAUGUAAUUAUUGAGCUCUGCUCCUUUUCCACUUGAAAAUAAAUCGAAAGGUAAGCAUUGGCAUACGCAUGUGGUUCUCUUGUUUUUAUAUACAGUCAAACCUGUAUUAAAUGGCCACCCUUGGGAAAAAGGUCAAAGUGGCUGUGGGGGGGGGGGGGGAUUUGGACUGGCCCGAUAAGGCAGGUGGCCCUUUAAAGCAGGUGACCGUUCAACCAGGUUUGACUGUAUGAUGAAUACUAAAAAAACGCACAAAUCGUUUGCGAUGCUUAUCUUUCAGUCCAAUUUUAUAAUCCUAACUUCUGUUUUAAGCUUUGUAGAUAUUAGCCAGACACAAAAGUAUCGUUAUGUUUUGAAAUACAAUUAUUCGGUACAAGUAAACAAUAAAGCAAGCAUGAUCGUAAACAAAUGCUGUUGAUGCAAUAGAAGUUUAUUGAACAAUUUGCUACAAAAAUUUUUUUGUCAUUUCUGACAUGGUAAAGUAACGCAUUUUUAAGUACGAGAAGGCAUGCUUUUUCGGGGAAUUCAUUUACCAUUCCUUUUUGUUUGAUAUAGCAGAGACAUUUGGAAGAAUACGGUAUUUUUGUUAAAAACUUAUAGAAUAAUAUUGUUUUGAGAAACAUAUCAGAAUUUUAUAGUAGAUCAGUAAACCAUGUAUUUGCUUUUUUGUAUAGUGUAGUUUAUGUAUUUCAAUUCGUUUUUGUGUCGCCUGAAAUUGUCAGCAAAACCGUGUGCAGAAAAUAAAUCAAGUAUUUAUUAUCAAAUCAGGAUAAAACUGGGUGACAAUGUUUUUGGGCAUUAUGUCUCGAUCAAGUUUGAUUGUUAUAAGUUUUCCCAGCAGCGUCAAAGUUAUGCCCCUUUUAAAUGAAAAUACAUUUCGCUUUGUUUUCGUUUGGGUAUAUUUGAAGUUGCUAGUUUUACAUUUAAUUUAAAAAAAGGUGUUCCAUUGGGUUUGACUAUGGCGGACGCUCUUAACAGGCGACACAUCAAAUUCCAUGGAAUUUUAGUUCUUCAAUAUCAUUUUAUAAUUUCUUAACCUGUAUUUCAUUAUAACUUUAUAAUGUAUUAUUUCAUCAUAGGCAUAGAUUAUCGUUUAUAAUAUGAUUGAGAAAAAAUGUACACCAUUUUAACAGUUAAUGAACUCUCUUGAACAGUAACCUUUGUGCAAUAAAGAGAUUGAUGAAGCCGUCUAUAUAACGUUAUACAAUCCAUAAUUUAAGUGUUAAUUUAUCUCAUUUUCAGAUUUUAACUUUAUUGCAUCAAAUUGUAUAUUGUUAAUAAAUGCAUGUACGCGAUGUUUCAGCUUUCAGCAAAACGAAUUCGAAAUAGA